UACCAAUAAAUAUCAAUGUUUAUAAAUCAGUGGUUCGCAUUACAAUUUUGUAAGGCUCUGAGACCUGGGUGCUCUAUAAGAGGCUCCUCACAUGCUUCCAUCAAAGAUGCCUUCGCUCCAUAAUGGGCAUACACUGGCAAGACUACAUUGCAAUUCAAUAACCAUUUUAUACUGAAGGCCGACAACUGCGCUGGGUAGAACACUUAUCCCGCAUAAGGCGAUCUUUUUUGGCAAAUUUUAAAGAACGGUACAGCAGAGAUUCUGCCUCUCUUAACCCCCUCCCCCGGUUACGGAGUGUGUGUAUGUGUGUUUCUAUGGUGACGGUGGGAAGAGGUUAGUGACUAGGUAACGUGAAUGAUGCAAGAUAAGCGGCAUUGUCAGCUGUCCUGGUAGGCCACAGAGGACUCUAGAAUGCUAGAGUGAAAAGACGUGUUUUUGUAAUGAGUUAGACUUUGUUCAAGCUACCAUAUUUACAAUAUUACAAAAGUCUACUACAUUUAUUUAUUUCAUCUCAAGUUAAUAUUUGUAAUAAAGUUAUUUUUAGUAUUCAAGUUAUUUCAAGUUUUUAAAGUUAAAAUAGAAUACGCCUACAUCGGUUUAGUUGUCUACCAGCAGUUUGGUGCUACAAGUCAACGACCGUCCACAACACCCCCGCUUUAAAGAUCUAGUUUGCAUGAAGGAGAAACACUGGCAGCAGAUGGCCUCUGAUAGAGACAGUUUGACAGUUCUAACUAAUGUCGCGGGAUACACCCACUCGGCGGACAACUGCUUUGGCUCCAUCAGAUCUGUGGCAAAAUAUGCAGGUCGCAAAUAGGUUUGCGUAGCCAUGUGAAACACUGCACUCAUCCUUAAAUUAAUGUAUUUGCAAUCUCGAGAUACAACUCACAUAACCAACUUAAUGUGUAUCAACUUAGCACUUAGUGACACAGAUGUUGUGGGACUGACUAUCUAUCUAUCUAUCUAUCUAUCUAUCUAUCCGACUGAAAAGGUUUGGUACCAGUGAGAUAAUGAAACUUUAAGAGAAACCAGUUUUAGUUUUUCUUGUUUUGAAUUCCAUGUCCAGUACGAUGACAUUAUCGGGAAUACCCCAAUCAUACUCCGGUUAAAAAGUCUAUACCAAGAAACACGAUGUUUUGAAGUAUCAUUGGCACUUCUCCAAGUCAGUGAAAUAGUCUUUUGUUAAUUAAGAGUUAUAGAUUUCUUGACGCUAAUGUCUAUUUUUAAUCUCCCAAAGCUAGACUCAACAUGGAUACGAUAAGAUAACAAUAUUCCAGUCUCGAUAAGUGAAAAUAUUUCUUUUAAAUGUGAAGAAGUCAGGGUGAUAAGUUCUAAGGAGAUAUUUGACUAAAUAUAAGUGAAUGGAUUUAAUAACUAUUUCAUGUAAAAGUGUUUCGUAAACAUUACAGCCGGAAAAGGAAGUAAAUUAAGCAAUCUUUACAACUGUAACACACAGAUAGAUGGAGUAUCAUCGAUGGAGCGCCUUAUGUGUAGUUAGUUGAUAAGUAUUUUAAGAAAGGCCUAUUGUGUGUGAUUGGAAAUUCUACUUGACAGUUUACCAAUAUAAUUAUUAGUUCAGUAAUUCGGUCUCACUGUAUGCAGCAGACAGCAUCUUGUGCAGUUAAAUCUUUCGCAUUCCAUUCAUCGUCGUUCCAAAUCAUUCUUAAAGACUUCACAUCUUUCGAACGUAAAGAAAGUUAAAUUUAAAAGUUUGCAACUUUCUGAAGCUAAACUGAUUGUCAAAGCAAGUGUAUCGACAAUGGGUCGUCGUAGAUAUAAUCGUCGCUCGAGGUUCUCAGAACGUUAUCGGCCGACCUUGCGAACAAGUUUCAUUUUCAACACUUGGCCAACUUAUACUUUUACACCAGCACCGGCGGCACCAGAAGCACCAGCAGUUAGAUGUAAUGCCGACAGAAGUUUUGAGAUACUGAAAACUUCUGCAGUGAAAUUAUCCGUCACAACGCAAGAAAUGAUCCGAGAGAAAUUUGCCGAGAGCGCAGAGGAUGAUCUUUCAGUGACCACUUUAAGUGUGUCCAUGAUAUGUCCGAUUGGGAAAUCCAGAAUGGUGACGCCAACCCGUGGUAAGGACUGCAGACACUUGCAGUGUUUUGAUGGAUUGACCUAUCUCAAACUAAAUUAUUGCAGCCGACCUCGCUGGAAAUGUCCAGUAUGCGAUAGCUAUUGUCCAGAAAAUGACCUUGUCAUUGAUCCAUAUUUCACUGAACUAAUUCUGAAAGCUCCAAGCAGUACCGAAAUUAUAAUCCACAAAGAUGGUAGCUGGUCAGCUCAAGAAUCAGUUGCACAACAAAACAAGAACGUUAUUACUGCACUAGAAACUCCAUCAAGUGAGACUGAUUCAUCAGCAAUUAGACCAAUCUCUUUGCCAAUAGAACAAGUACAAUGUUUCUCUGCACAGAAUCCGAAUAUCAUUGAUUUAACCAUCUCAGAACAAUCCAAAUGCAUGGUUGUAGAAUCUGAAAAGCCAACAUCGCAACCAACAGCGGACUUUUCAUUGAUAUUAAGUCUUUCCUCCGUCGACACGCUAUUUAAGAAAUCGUCUACACAAGAACCAAUUUUCAUAGAUUUGACAUUGGACAGUUAUGACAACGAGAACGUCAGCCUUUUAAAAAGCUGGUCAGGAAAAACUUCUAACCCAAACAUCAACACGGAAACAAUUUCUGUCGCUGAGGCUACUACACUGGCGUUGGCUGUCCCAGGGACUGAAGCUACUACACUGGCGUUGGCUGUCCCGGGGACUGAAGCUACUACACUGGCGUUGGCUGUCCCAGGUACUGAAGCACACGAAAAUCUUGCAAACUUUCAAACUGGAUCGAACGAAUCUCCGUCCGUUUUUAGGACUGUAUCUUCGCCUAAUGUUUGCCUUGACACCAUUAAUAAGAGACAGAUGCCCCCUCGCAAACCAAGGUUUUUGCCGCAAUUAUUCAGACGAAGAAGUGCUCCUCACCCUAUGGAGAUUGAAGCUAAAGGUUUGCAAGAGAUGACCGACUUUGACUUCAGCAACUUUCUCAUAGAUAACGGUAUCGUCUGGACAGGUAAAAAGAUGAUUGUCGUUGGAUGACAUUCCUUCACGCUUGAUUAAACAUUCGUCGCACAUCAGCGACGCAGGUUUGAAAAUAAAAUACAUUUUAAAGAGGCAUUUUUUGUUGCUACUAGUUUGGAGCUUUUAUCAAGUUUGUUUUGUUUUGGUAUUUAGACAUUCUUCAGAUAUGGGAGACAUACUUAUAUAAUAGUAAGAAACAUAUAAGCGUAUUAACUCUUUCUCUCCUAACUGACGAUACCAGCGUUGAUUCCACCAGAAUGUGGUAAAUAAGUACGGAGAGAAAGAGUUAACCGCAGCCUCUUGUACAUUUAUCUAGCGUAGCUUUUACUUUAUGUAAAAAAAAAAAGACAGGCAUCUAUAUUUCGGCCUUGAUUUUUAUAAUAUUGAUAAAUAAUAAAUAUAAUUAUGCAUGGAGACAAUAAUAAAUAUAUAUAUAUAUAUAAAAGA